UUUAUUUUACGACUCUUAAAGACGCUUAAAAGCGACGUGUUCUGGAGAGCGGGUCACACAUGCGCACUGGAGGCCGAGCUGUUUCUCCCGGUAUAAAGAAGUUGGCGCCGGCGCCAGUCAUUCAUUUCGGUCUCCGCCUCAGACAGCAGUGCAUACUUUUUUACAUUACAGAACACUGCAAAAACUGUAUAAUGGCCAGAAGAAGUGGACGGCUUCAAGCUAAAAUUGACAACAAAACAACGCAUGCAGAGAAGAUAUCCAAACUGAAGAAAGAGCAAUGCAGCAGGAAGAAAGCACUGACUAAGAGGCGAAAUGGUGAAACCCAGAGUCUGAAGAUUCAUGAGGGGUCCUGUAGAGCUGAGGGUCUCGUUGAAACCCCCAUGGAGGGGCUGCAGGAGGCAUUCGAGCAGCCAGACUUAUCACAGUGCUCUCGGCCGUCUCCUCUGCCUGUACUCAGUUGGGGCGGUUCGGAGGACGUGUGGGUGAAGAUGCUGAGUAAAGAGACGAAGUAUAAGCACGGUAAAAGCUGCCUGGAGAGACAUCCCAGACUCCAGCCCAAGAUGAGAGCGGUUCUACUGGACUGGCUGAUGGAGGUGUGCGAGGCGUAUGUACUUCACAGACAGACGUUCUACCUGGCACAAGACUUCUUUGACCGGUUCAUGUUCACCCAAGACGACGUGGAAAAGGAGCGUCUGCAGCUCAUCGGCAUCACGGCUCUCUUUAUUGCUUCUAAAAUCGAGGAAAUAUAUCCACCUAAAAUCACAGAGUUGGCCUAUGUUACUGAUGGAGCGUGCCUAGAAGACGAGAUUCUACAGAUGGAGCUUAUUAUGUUAAAAGCAUUAAAUUGGGACCUCUGUCCUGAAACGGUUGUUUCGUGGAUGAAGCUUUAUAUUCAGAUGGCCUCAGUUUAUGACUUCAAUAAUCUGCUGGUGCCACAGUUUUCACAAGAAACCUACAUACAGAUCACACAGCUUUUAGAUUUGUGCAUCCUCGAUAUCCACUCACUGGAUUUUAAAUACGGAACUCUGGCUGCAGCUGCCUUUUGCCAUUUCAUUUCAUUUGACGUCGUACAGAAAGUAUCAGGUUUGACGUGGGAGGCGGUGGAGGGCUGUGUGAACUGGAUGGCUCCCUUUGUAGAGACCAUGAUGGGUUAUGAAGGUGCAAAGCUUAAAAACUUCGCUAAAGUGACCUCCGACGACAGACACAACAUCCAGACCCACGCAGACUACCUGUCCAUGCUGCGUGAAGCUCAGCAGAAAUCCACUCUUCCCACGAAUGGCAUCUUUCCACCAACACCACCCAGCAGUGCAGAGAAAACCAGCACGAACUGACUGAGGGAGCCUGGACCACCGCCUGCCUUCAACCAGAGCUAAAAGCUAUUUUAACAUGUCAAACAUGUAAAAGAAAUUAAAAAUAGUCAGUUUGGGAGACAAACAUACUGUUAAACCAGAGUAGGAAAAAUUAACCUAUGAACUGAAUUGCAGUUCACACUUUAAACUUAAAUCUAAAGUCAGAAACUGCGCUGAUUUGCUGAAGAUAAAAGACAAAGCAAAUCCUCAGGGUUUUUUUAUUUUAUUUUUAUUUUUCCUUCACUUUUUUAUUAUCUUUUUAUUACCCAGAUCACUUCUAGAAACUGAAACACUUUUACACCUGGUCACAUCAUGUAACUUGAAACCAAAUCAAAAAUUUUUAACCAAAUGCGUUUACACUUGAUAGACUUAAUUAAUUCUCCAGUUAUUCACUGUUAAACAAAAUUCGUCAUUGGAUUGAUUGCUCUUUCAGAUGGAAUAUGCAAAUGUGCUUAGCAACACCAAUUAUCCCACCCAAUCAGCUGCAACCCCUGCAAACCAGGAGUUUUAAAAUCAGCAUAUGCGGCAUUACCGAGAAGCAUCACAGCACUAACGCUCGGAGGAAAGCGCAGCGACUCGGUUCUGAUACAUCAGCUCACAGAUGCCAGUGCUGACUAACAUUAACUUGGAAGUGAUGUGUGAUGUAAGGAGAGAGCGUGGCCAACCAGUUGUGCUCUCUUGGACUCCGGCUGCUGAUGUCUCCUGACCAUUAUUGCAUCGUGGCUUUAGUCCGCUGGGUGUAAACAGGGUCUUGGAUUUUAAUUAUUUGGUUCAAUAAGUGGUAAAAUAAAACAUGACAAGAUGCAGCAUUAUUUUAAGUAAAGCAAUACCUGAUCUUAAUCACUAUCGUGUUUAAUGUUCUAAAACAAAAAUUAGUACAAAACAAGUACUUUUUUUACUACAUUUUAAUGGCCAAAAUGUUUUAUGAUUUCAAGUCUAAAGAGUCCUUUGCAGCCAUGAAUAUUCACACGUGCAAUACUGUUUAUUUCGUUUUAUUUUAUUUUUUUAACUAUAAUAAUGGCCUGUAAUUGUACUUUAAAAAGGACCAAAUUCACAGUGUCUUACAAUGACCAUUAAAUUAAUUAUUACAUAAUUAAUUUCCAGUA